AUGGAAUCAUCUAGGAUUGGAUUCCUUAGCGGUGUUUCGUUACUGGUUUCUUCUAUGACUGGUCCAGGGUUGGUGACAAUGCCCUUAUUAUUUCAAACUGCAGGGUGGAUAACAUCGCUGAUAAUCGUUUUUCUGAUUGUAUUUUUAUCAUCAUCCGCUGCUUUACUAUUAUGUGAAGCAAUUGAGUCUUUACCCGCGCAGUCGUUGGAUGGUUUAUUUGUUACUUUGUUUGGUAUGACUUGUGGAAUUAGUAUAUCUCCAGAUUCUGGAUGGUUAUGUAUUAAAGAGUUAGGUGAUGAGAGUAGCCCAUUUGGAAAUCGAUGGAUGUUGCUUACCGCCGGGUUUAUGACAACAUUGCUGUUCGUUAUUCCGAUGACGUGGAUGAGGCUAUCAAAUAAUGCUAAAAUACAAGUUGUAUCAUUUUUUACAAUAUUAUUCGUUAUUUUUACAUGGAUUGUGGCACUUAUAUUUCAUGGAUUGGAUUCAAAGCGAAUUCCCCUUAUUGGAGAAAAUCAAAGUCAAGCAGUGGGAAUCGUAAUGUUUAACUAUGCGUUUAUAACUACAGUUCCAAGUCUCACUAAUGAAUUGGAAAAAGACGGUUCAAUUCGAAAAAUUGUUUACACCUCUAUAUUGAUUACUACACUUGGUUAUAUUUUCUUGGGAAUUCUUGGAGCGAUGUCUUUUGAUUUGGAAUUAUCAACAAACAUAAUAACCUCUAUUCGACAAUCAGAGUUGCUUAUCCCUUUUCAGUCUGGUUAUUGGUUAAAUUUAUUUACCAAUUGGACAAGUUUGAUUUUUAUAAGUUCCGCAAAUUUUAUAAUCCCGUUCUGGUUGUAUAUCCUUAGUAGAAGAAAAGCCAAAGUAAUUCCACCGGUGACUAUCACUAAACAUGAAGAAGGUAUUUAUUAA